AUGGUAUCCGAAUUACAGGAAGAAGGAAUAAAUGCCAUUAACUUACCUCUCAGUCCAAUUCCAUUUGAACUAGACCCCGAGGACACUAUGCUAGAGGAAAAUGAAGUCCGAACAAUGGUUGAUCCAAAUUCAAGAAAUGACCCAAAAUUACAAGAACUAAUGAAGGUAUUAAUUGACUGGAUUAAUGAUGUGUUGGUAGGAGAGAGGAUUAUUGUGAAAGACUUGGCUGAAGACCUGUAUGAUGGACAAGUAUUGCAGAAAUUAUUUGAGAAACUUGAAAGUGAGAAGCUGAAUGUUGCUGAAGUUACUCAGUCUGAAAUUGCUCAGAAACAGAAGCUACAGACAGUGCUUGAAAAGAUCAACGAAACCCUUAAACUCCCUCCAAGAAGCAUUAAAUGGAAUGUUGACUCUGUUCAUGCUAAAAGUCUCGUAGCAAUACUUCAUCUUCUGGUUGCAUUAUCACAGUAUUUCCGAGCACCAAUCAGACUCCCAGAUCAUGUGUCCAUUCAGGUGGUUGUUGUGCAGGUAAGAGAGGUGUUAAACAGCUUUUGGCUGUGUUGUGAGAUUGACUAA